AUGAAGCUAAUCCAAGACAACUUAAGAGUUAAACCAAACACGAACACUGCUAAGAACGCCAUCCUCUUCAUGGGAGAUGGAAUGGGUAUUACGACUGUUACCUCCUCACGCAUCUUAGACGGACAGCUGAAGGGGAAAACUGGUGAAGAGAAUGUGUUGAGCUGGGAGGAGUUUCCCUGGACAGCUCUGGUCAAGACUUAUGCUGUCGAUCAACAGGGUCCAGAUUCUGCAAGCUCUGCCACGGCGUUUCUGUCUGGAGUGAAAACAGACCAGGGUAAGUAAAAAAGAUAUCGACUGAUUAUAAAUAAAGCGCAUUUUGACUGAGAGUCGUAAAACCAAAAGAAAAUUGAUCGCAACGUCCAACUAGAAGAAAUGAAAACAUUGCAAGUAGGCAGUGAGGACGAAAAGUAAAAACAAGCAAACUGUUUCAAGUGCGGGAGAACGCAUAUGAUUAAGUGGCAGGAUUUGUUUUAGUUUUUAAUCUGGUUGACUGAGAGGAUGGCGUGAUUUUCUGGAGCAAUCGCAGAGCGAAGUAAAGCAAAACUGAAAGCGAUCCCAGAUUACUUUCGAAAAUCAAUUGAACAUUGCUUUAGUACUUUACCUUUUGAAAGUUACCAACAAGCCUUGUGGUAUGGUUAGCGGACUGAGAGUAUUGCCAAUCCACUUGGAUGGAAUGUUAAAGCAUUGCAGGUCACCCUUAGCACUUAGCACGUUCCCCGAAAAUUUUAUCCUUCUGAUACUGGGUAACCGAUGCUUGCUGGGGUGGUUGGUUUAUUUUGUAUCCCUAGUUUAGGAGAAAUCACUCAGCACAAAAUCUUGCGAUGGGUGGAAUAGAUCUCGGUAAAAGCAAAAUAAGAAGCGUUUUUAAAGGAUAAACUCUAUGGAAAUAAGGGCGACGGACCAGGAUAAACGAGAAGUAGAACUUCGAUUAACUCCGCUUCCAAGCCUGUAGCAGUUUUGCCAUUCGUUUAGCGGCUCCGCCGCCCAAUGUUUCAUAGCUACGCAAUUUUUAUACAUGUUGAUACCGGGCGGCGAUACGCACGGUAAUUGUGUAUCCAGAGACACGGCACAAUAGACAAUCCAGGACUACGCGCAUUCCUAUGCCGAAAUCGGAAACCGUACCUCCUCUCUCAGAGGGAAGCGGGCAGUGCGCCAUUUAUGGACAUAUGAGUAUAACUGAUUCUAUGCACUUUUCAGGUGUUGUUGGAAUGGAUGAAAACGUCGAAUGGGGCCGAUGCGCAUCUGCAAAAAAAGAACGUGAAGUGAUUUCGAUCUUGUCACUCGCAGAGUUAGCUGGAAUGUCAACUGGUCUGGUCACGACCACGCGGAUUACACACGCGAGUCCCGCGAGUGCUUACGCGCACUCUGUGGACCGUCGCUGGGAAAGUGACGCGGAUAAAAAAGCAAAAGCUUAUGACGAUGCUACGUCGUGCAAAGAUAUUGGUAAAAUUUAACGUUAUUCAUCACGAAGAAAAGUUUCCUCGACAGUUUAAAUAUAGAUGGAUGGUGACAAGCUAAAUUUUUUUUGGAAUAAAAGGGGCUUGUUAGGGAAGAAAUUUGCCAGUGUAUUGGGAAACAAAAUGCUGGAUUUGAAAAGGCUUUUUGUCAGGAGAAAUUCUAUUUUGGAAAUUUCUUCUUAACAUGCAGCGUUGAGAAAGUUUCUUUGCUGAUGUUCAAAGCAAACAAAUUUUCAUUUUCACAUUGCAUGUAGGAUAUAGUUGACCCACUUCCUGUCCGCUAGCAUCUUGCAAUCUCAUUACACCAGGAUAUGCGCUCUACCUCAGAAGACGGUGUGUAUUCUGCCUUUUCUAUUUAGAGUAGCCGACGAGAACCAUGUAAGGGGUCUGGGACCGACUGCUAGUGCCAGACUCCUUACAAACCUCUCACUAGCUCUCUUUGCUCAAGCCUUGAUCUUUCCAGCGGUCAAAGCUGUAACCUUGUAGACAGGAUGAAAGUGAGCUAAACUUAAAACAGAUCAUUUUUUUAGCCUUACAACUUGCCGAAUACCCGUACGGUAAUGGAAUAGACGUCAUAUUUGGUGGAGGGCGAAGAGAGCUGAUGCAUAAAAACCAAACAGAUCCUGAAUACCUGGAUGAAAAAGGAGAGAGACUUGACGGCAGAGACCUGAUUCAGGAGUGGUUGCAGAAACAUCCCAACUCGCAUUACGUGUGGAACAAAUCCGGUUUUGACAAGAUUGAUGAAGAAAAGACUAAUCGUUUAAUGGGUAUUUAAUCAGUCAAACUGCUUUCUUUUUAUUCUCUCGAUUUCUCUGCACAAUCAAAGCAGAAAAUCUAAUCGUUAGCGCGCUGAAAUCUUGUCGGGAAAUAUUAAAAGAUUGUUGGGUGGAGGGGGUAGGGGGUUCUUUAGGGCGAGAGGUUACGUUCCAGCUGGGACUUUUUUGUGCAAAUGGGUGUUUGCGAUGGGUAGACUAGCAUCCUAUUCAGGGAAGAAAUACCAGCCUUUGAGAAGUCAUGCUGGGAAAAAUCCAUAAGCCUCGUAAGUUAUAGACUAGGAGAUAGAGAUAGCCACAGAAAGAUCCAUUGUAAAAAUCAGGGUACCAUGUUUUUGCCUCAGAAGGGAUUUAAGGGCCUGUGCAAUAUGUAUCGAAGAUUCCGUUAAAAUUUAAGUUUGGAGAACAAUUUUAUUUUUCAUUUGGAGGAUCUUCUUUUUCUCUCGGCCGGCAUAUGAUAAAAAAAUCUUUUUUUUUCCAGGACUUUUUGAGUACUCCAAUAUGAAUUACGAAGUGGACCGAGCCAACGACAGCGCUGGCGAACCAUCAAUAGCAGAGAUGACUGAAAAAGCCAUCAAAAUACUUCAGAAAAACCCAAAAGGAUACUUCCUGUUUGUCGAAGGUACUUAGGAUGUAUAUCUAUUUUAAUUCUGCUUCGUAAUUGAAUCACAAAAUCACAGGUAGAAGCGAAGGCUGAGGGGGAUAAAUGGAAAACCUUGCUUUGUCUGUUUGCGAAAUUUUGGCCUUUCAUUAACUGAACAGGGCCCAGUUUUGAGGGUUUAUUUUAUGUAGUUGCUCGUGUUCAGAAAAUUGCGAAAUAAUGGUAAGUAAAAAAAAAUCUUCCUAAAACGCACCCAUUAUCUUGCCGAAAUAUCCCAAGCGUCAGUUUUAUGCCUUCGCCAACUAAGGAACACAAGGAACGAAAUUUCUUGGCAGAUAAGCGAGCGAGCUAAACUCGGGCUUUACGAAAAAUGACAGGGAAUUUUAAAGACAAAAUUUUAUUGUUUACUUAUUUUAAAAUGUUCUCUGUUUGUAACGUGAAAAAAAUUAAAUUUCGAAAGUUGAGUAUCGGAUGGUAAAGCUGCGUUAGGUAAACCUCGUUAAAGUUUCAGCUGGCGUGGUAUUUUGGUUGAAGAUAAAACCUUUUUUUCCUUCGAAGACGCUCGUUAUUCUGAGGAAUUAGAAAACAUUACUUCAGGCGACGUCAAUCAUUGCAUGCCAACAGGAUAUGUCUUGCUAUAAUAGGAGUAUUAAGUGACUGUAAAUAUAUGAAAAUCAUAUACAUGAACUGCGGAUAAAGAAAUUAAUAUGGAAGCGAUAGUCGCAGUGAAGAACAUUGCUUAAGCAGUAGUGAAAAUAAGGCCUGAAAAAAGUUAGGCCUGUAUGGGAUUUGAACGAACCCAUGACCUCUGCGAUUCCGGUGUAGUAUAAUACUGCUACUGCUUAAGUACUGUUCAUUACUGCGAAGAUCGCUUUUAUAUUCAUUUUUUGAACAGGAGUAUUGACAGCUCAUUUCAAAUAAUCGUGUGAUUUCAAAUAGAGCCUGCCAACUUCACUUCGCUUUUUAUGGCAAUAGUACUCUCAAUACUGAACUGCCUUUUCAGGUGGACGUAUUGAUCACGGACAUCAUGAUGGCAAAGCAGUCAGAGCUCUUCACGAUGCCUUAGCUUUGAAUAAAGCGGUGUCUAAGGCCAUGGAAAUGAUUAACAAAGGUACUAAAACAACAAUUGCGCGUUCUUCCAUGUGUGACUUUCUAGGAAGGCCCUUCGCAUCUCAUUGCUUCCAUCUCAUUCUAGAAAAAGGAGAAAAAAAUGGAUUAGAGUAUUGGUUAUUUGUUCUCACCCACUCAUUAAAAGUCUUUACAUGCAACAGAAAGUUUUUUUUAUAGUUUGAAAUUCUCUUUGCCAGCUCUCCCUUUCGGCUCAAUUAUAUAACGCGGCACGCAAAAAGAAAAUUCAGUUUUGCUCUCGGUUGGAUAAGCAAUAUAAUGUAUAUUGUCCUGUCUGUUUAUAGUAUUUUCGGGAUGUUUCGGGCGUUCGUGCUUAAGAUCUGUGACGUGUUUUCUAGAACUGAAGGACGUUUUUUAAUUUGAGUUUACAUUCCAUGGUUAUUCAUAUUUACAAAUAUUGGUUACCUGGCUGGUUAAGGGUUUGUAUUUAAAGAUUAGUUCCCACGGAAGAUAUUUUUGGGUACUUUUGAGAGUUUCGGUUUAAUAUUAUGUCUCAGUUCUUUCCAAUUUGUCUCUGCACGUUACCUGCUCAACAUUCUUGGUUAUUUUAGUAUUACCUCUCUCAAGUGGUCACGGAAGAAUCGCGAGUAAUACAUGGUCAACGAGAUUAGCAGAGCCUAAAAUAUGCACGAUUUAGAUCUGUUAAUGAUUUCCGAACCUUCGCGUCCGUAGAAGUUACAAAAACACUAAGAGUCUUCAAGCAGUUGAAGUAAACGUCGUAGUGGAGGGAAAACUGUUCAUGUAAACUGUCUUAGUUAUUUUCCCAUGAGAAAACGGCCCAACAUGACAUAGUUAUGCAGUUAAUAUAUUUUCUCUCCACCAGACGAAACCCUUGUAACAGUAACCGCUGACCACUCACACGUUUUUACCGUCGGCGGGUACCCGAAGCGGGGAAACCCAAUAUUUGGUACAGUACGUUUUCUGACUGAAGAAUUGGCUGUGGAUGUGGAUAACAAGACAUUCACGACCCUUGGUUACGCUAAUGGUCCAGGAGGUUUAAAUGGGCCACGUGCAGACCUUAGAGGGGUGAACACAGCACACAAGGAUUUCUUACAACAAGCUACUGUCCGGAAAAGUUAUGAGACUCAUGGAGUUGAAGAUGUUGGUAAGCACUGAAAUGAUGUCAAAGACUUAAACUUCAAAAAGUAAUUGACAUCGAUGUAUCUCUCAAUGGCAAUAUGGGAAAAAAACUAUAAUCAUGUUGAUAUUUCCAUGAUGUAACAUCAACUGAGUAACUGAGUCCUUAUUUAACAUAACGUUUGCCAGACGUCGCCGAUGGUGCAAUUUUAUUUGUGUAUCUCAGCUAAGUGUAAUUUUUUUUCACUGGACAUCUUAAAUCUCAUGCAUUCUAUUCAACGCCCAUUGAUCGCCCAGAGGAUAAGGAGAACGGGUAUCAAUAGCAAUAACUGGCGAUUGAGCGUUCUGUUCUUGGGGGAAGCGCUACGCGGAGUCACCUGAUUUCCAAGCUGAAAUAAUUGAAUACAUGAGAAUUCUAAAGAUGCACACGCUACUGUUGCUGGAAUUUCUUAAUUCGUAGAGCGCAUGCAACACAAGCUAAAGUUUUGGGGUCUUUCAGGAAGUACUUCCAAACAUGUUCACUUUUCAGUCACCUUCGUUGUAGGUAAAAUGAAAGUAAUCGCUAUAUUUUUUAACCCAUUCAGGAGUUUACGCGGACGGGCCUGGGGCCUACCUGUUUCACGGUGUGGUCGAACAACAGUACCUCUUCCAUGUCAUGGAUCAUGCGCUGUGUUUGAGUAGCGGCAAACAGAAAUCAUGUGACAAGCACAUUAAACGAGGAGGACAAGUAAAGAACAACGAUGCAUGCUUUGUUUCGCCUUCUUCAAUGUACCCUCUACUAAUGUCAGCAGUUUUGUUAGCUGCGAGGCCUUAAAUGUAAAAGCAAACCCCACAAAAAAAGGCCAAUGAGGGGUCCUAUGACAAAAUUUUAAUCCGUAUCUCAGAAAAAUUCGUAUGUCAAGAUACUGUUUUAGGUACGAUGUAGUUGUUCAAAGAAGUGAAAUUAAAAUGAGGUUUUGAGGAGUCAGCCACGUAGAGUCAUGUAGGAGGUUCUUUUCGUGAAAUUUUAGUGAGUACACCGGUUAACAGUUCUUUCGUAUCCAUAGUCGUUUCGUACCCAUAGUCGUUUCGUACCCUUUCGUUUCGUUCCCAGUCAGGUCAUCUCGUACCCAGUCAGUUGAGUCGUCUCGUACCUAGCUCGAUAGUUUCGUACCCAAACUAAUAAAGUAUGUUUUCCGUGUUAACAUUGGGGAAAAACUAUUACACUUACACGAGCUGUUGUUGUUAAAAAAGUCACAAGUACAAACAAUAGACUUUUCUAUUAUAAUUUCACACUUACCUUGCGCUAUAAUAAAAAAGUUGUUUUUGUUAAGAAGGUUACAUGAGCACACAACAGAUUUUUUGUUUGCAUCUUACUCGAUGACUCUACUAACCUUUCGUAACCUGGUACAUGAGGCAUUUCGAAUAAAUGUAGAAAUCGAUCAGCGGUUUGACUAAGAACGGACUCAACUUAAGGUACGAACCGACUGCAUUUGGUAAAAAAACGGAAGUCAGUCGCGCCUUAAAGUCAGUUAUGCUCGUGUAACUCAGUAAAGUCAGUUAUGCUCUCGUAACUCUAUUGUUUAUAAAAGUUUGGAGACCACAACUGAAAAAAAACAAAACAAAACAAAACAAAAAAAAAACAAAAGCGUAAACAGAAGAGUCCAGACGGGUCGGUCUCGGUUUUUUAUUGGGCAUUUGGUUUUUAAAAGUGUCAAUCAUGUCUGAAAAGGAGUUAAAUCAUUAACAGAACCCCUAUGAUUUCGAAAAAUACCGUAAAACUCACCAAAAGAUACUCUCGGCGAUUUUUCCACAAUAUAUUGGUACACAGAACGCGCGACCUCCGUAAAACGCUGAAGCACCAUUGACUUCAUUUCACGAAGAAAUUAUAAUACGAAGCAUUUCUUUCAUAUUAAAAGCGCUCAACUAUUUAAAAACAAAUUUGAUCAGUCUGACAUUUCGUGUCAAGUGUGGAUUGGAUCCAUCCAGAAUAACAUGACAUGACGUACAAAGUACAAUGACGGAGCGAAGUUAAAACCCAACACAACUCUACUAUCUCCUUAAAUUUCAUCCUGUUUCUCUUCACAGUCAACACACACCUAUCAGCGCGAUGAAGUUUGGUGGAGUGAUACUAGCAAUAUACAUCGCUGCAGGUGAGGUACUUUGCAAUGUAUCAACACCUUACUGAGUCUUUCAAAUGUCAUAUGACUGUGUAAAUGAAAUAUUUCUACCUACAUACAUUGACAAAGGCUAUAAACCUAUUAAGUACAGUAGAUGUUUAGCAGCGUAUGUGUUGGGUUCGUUUUUGAGCUUAUAGGGAAAUAAACUCCAAACCCUUAUUUCUUGUUUUGAUUGUACAAAAUGAAGAUGUGGCGGUUGAUGGGACCUUAAACAGAGGGAAAAAAUUUGUUUACCUAAAAUUUAAGGUUAAGUUAAUCCAGCGUUUCCCUGUGUCUGAUACAAGUAGGCUUCCUUUCGCAGCAAGAAAUGUUGCGUGUCUUCCGCAUGAGUCGUUGUUCUUUUAGCAUUGGCACACGAUUGGCACGCUAAUUUCUCAAAUCGCCUGGAUGAAACAAGGAGUACAUGUCGGUUUUUACCCUGAGCUUUGAGUUAAAGGCUAACUACAUAUUUUCUACACCAGCCUUUACGUAAUGGACUGCAAUAUUGCGUUACUUUGCAGCAGGUCCAAUCCUUUAACGAUCAAUAAUCAACACAAGGACCGCCAAGUUCUGUCGAGGAUUUAUGAUGAUUUAUUACAAGUAGUUCCGCAAAUAACACUUCCUUGCGAUAUCUUGUUUCCGAAAUUAACCCAUCAGUAACAAGGUGUAGCACAAAAUAUGUAAAGAAUUUUCUGCGUAUACGAAUGUGCACUUGCGAAAUUAGGGGACAGUCCACUCAAAAUCGGUUCAAAUUUGAAGCUUCAAGUUGUUUGAAUAAUAGCUACUUACACGCCUUUUUCCGUUUACUCUCAAGAAUGCGCGGUAUACACAGCGUUUCAAUACAGAUUCAACAAGGAAUAUAAAGUAUCAAACAUUCCACGCAGAAAAAGAAGAGCGAGGAAAAAUUUAAAUACAACUCCAAAUUGAGAAUGAAUUAUUAUAUUUUUAAUAAACACAUCACGCCAUACAUGACCUGAGUUUCUAUCACGUCCUAAGCACGUGGGUCACCCAUAAAUUAGCUUCAAUUACUGCUGCACAUAGCCGCAGGAGUUCUUACGAUUUGAUGUUUACAUGCUACAGUAUACUUUUGAAAAAUCGGCAUGAACACACCAAGAUAAGCUAAUAUAUACGGCCUUUGCUUUCCAUCAUGUUAGGGUAUCAAUUGUUCUUUGACCGUCGGAUAAUUUUUAAUCUCUUCCUGCGGUUGAGAAUAAACAAAAUUUACCGACGACACCUAUCCAUCCAGUCAAGUGGAGUGAUAAAUGAAACAAAGAAACAAAGAGAUUUUUUUGGUUCAGGGCCAGGAGGUUUGAGAACGCAGGAUUAUCGAAAGAUGUGAUGGAAGUUCGAUCGUAGUGUUUCUGAAAUAUCUAAAUUUGCUAUGGAGUAUGAUCCUAGGCUAACGGCCUGAUAAGCCGUUUGUUUUCAACUAGUUGAGAAAAAAACUUGGAUAUUUAACUUACGACCCCCCUUCCCCUCCCGAAAGCCAAACAUCUGCGAGCUGUUUUAUAAUCGUUGCGUUGAAAUUUAAUGAGAUUGAAGCUGUUUGUCGCCUGGUACUGCGGAAAGCCGACUACUUUCGAGAGUAAUCCGGCAGUUCAAUAGCACGUUUCCGUAAUCUCAUGGCUGAUUAGAAAGCGGAUGUCGCUCUUUAGUGAACAAGAUUACCAUAGGACGGUCUGAUGGAUUGAAAAGUGGCAUUGAUUUUCUUAAAAAGAAUAAAUAUUCAUUUACAAAGGAAUGCAGUUUUUGUUUAUCAUGGACAAAUAUCUAAGAGUAACCACAGGGGCUGAAGUAAAUGUAGUCUCGAGAAACAAUGUAAGUCGCAAGUAAAAGUCCUUUUUGGAACUUGAAGUUACCAACAGGGUCAGUUUGGGCAAGGAACAACACGAGGACUUUGAACAGUAAUUUUAAGCACCGCGAAUUUUGUAGAGUUUGAAAACGAAGACUAUCAUCGAAACAGGAAAAAAAAAAUUCUUUUUAUGGAUUACGCGUACAGCGCAUAAUCCACGCGUAUGUUAGCGUUAGUUACAUAAGAGUUUCAAAAGUAACUUGGGACAAACCGCACGGGGUUUUGAUGUAUGUGCCCGUUUACUUCGUUACACCUUAAAGAAGAACGCAGUCAGAAGCAGACCAAUUUUCUCAAUAAAGUUGACAUUUUUAAGAGUCCUAUUUCAAAGGCGCCUUCAAUCAAUCAAAUGUAGCUAAAUUAAUGAGAUAUGCAUAACAUAGUCUAUUUUUAUUGGCUUCCAGACUCUUGCCCAUGUUUGCGUUAAUUCAAAGUUUAUUGUGCAUUCAUUUGUAUUUGAUUUAGGCGGCUUGACGUCGCUGGAACGUCAAGAUUUGAAAUCUUUCUCAAUUAUAUUUUCAAAGCCAUGGAUAUGUAGGUCAAUGUGGGGUCAAUUCUAGCGAUAAUUUCGGGCAUGCGCGUGCACGCACAACAUGUGCGAACAACUCCAGGCUGGCGCGAAGUUCGUUACAAACAUGGCCAGCCGUGAUGUCAAAAGAAUAAAGGAGUACAUUCGAAAAAUUUAAUUUGGUUUAUUCAACUGAGUUGAUUAUGUUAAUUGGCCUAUUUAGACAAGUUUCUAAAGCUGACGUUUCGAGCGUUAGUCCAUCUGUAAUCGCUCUGACAAAGGGCUGACGCUCGAAACGUCUGUCUUAGAAACUCUCUACCUUAGCGUCAAAAGUCUACCAGAGCUUGCCAAUCAUAUACUCUCAUUAUCAGUUAUGUGUGAGCAAGCGACAUUCUUUUAUGGCCGUCCUAUGAAACAAAAAGUUGCAGUAACCAGAAACAUUAAUAGCUGACAAUAAGAGGAAGGGAUAUCGAUUAAAAAAUGUAAUGAUGUUGCCAAAAAACUUCAUGUUAUUAUAGGAGAAAAUCCUUAGUUAGGUUCAUGAAAGUUCGUGCAAUAGUAUAACUGAUGAUGGUUUUUUCAUUCGUAUUUGAUCUAGGCGGCAUGAGGUCGCCAAACCCUCAUUUUGUAGUAGGAAGAGUACAGAAAUCUGUAAAUGUUGCUUGAUUUUUUUUGUCUAUGUAACAUUCAAGCUCCUUCUCGUGAAUCACUUAUUUAAUCUUGAGAUCUAAAGGAGGAGAGACGACUAAAUGAUGUCAUCAUAUUCUGCUUUUAUAUCAUGCAAAACAAAUAGAUUCCAUUUCACCACGCGUCUGUUAAGUAAUUGGUCACAGAUGCCAUGAAGAUGUGGUAAUAGCAUCAGUGAAACUCUGUGACGGACGGCGUCACAAUGGUGGGCCUUCUUUACCGGGAGGCCCAAGGGUAGCUCGAUAGGUAUAAAGACAAUCGAGUAUAAAGACAUACUAACCAGAAUUAAAGUUUUAAGGGACCGUUCAUUUGUUGGAAGAGGGUGGGGGGUUGAGAUUUGAUCACAGUAUUCUGUUUUAAAACUGUAAGCAAUACAGUCAGGUACACAAAAAUUCGUUGGUUUGUCUACUUCAAAGUCGAUUAUGUACAAGACGGCGAAAAUCAUUCACUAUUUGCUUAGGGAGUCCUCUAGAAAGGAAAUGUUAGGGUCAGGUACACGGAAGUCGACUCGAGAAUCCUUACUCUAGCUCCUAACUUCUCGUCAUUCUUCCUGUCUUAUAAUUUAGUCGGUUGAAAUUUUAGCCUGAGUUUCUUUCUCUUGUGAGAUAUUUAUCGCUGCGAUAACAGUAAGAUUAACACUGCAUUGUGGCUGCAAUAUUAUCAAUGGGAAUCGCAUUUUAAAAGUUGCAAAUCACAACAAGUAUAACUCUAAGCACCCUAACAAAACUGCUGAGAUACAUUUUAGUAAACAUUUGACCACUAGUAAUUCAUUCCUAGUUGUCAAUGCAAACGAUAUCCUCACAAAUCAAGACAACAACCAAUGGUAUAAAGAUGGUUUGAAACUAGUGCAGGACAACUUGAAGGUGAAAUCAAACACGAACACUGCAAAGAACGCUAUCCUCUUUGUCGGCGAUGGAAUGGGUUAUACAACCAUCACUGCAACGCGCAUAUUGGACGGACAGAUGAAAGGCCACUCAGGCGAGGAGAAUGUGCUGAGCUGGGAAACAUUUCCGUGGUCGGGUCAGGCCAAAACUUACAACGUUGAUACGCAGGGUGCAGACUCGGCGGCUUCUGCGACGGCGUUUAUGAAUGGAAUAAAGACACUUGAUAGUAAGUGGAUAGAGGUGGAAUUUUACGAAAUGAUGCUAUGUCAAAAGGAAAGUAGACAGGGUGUUUAUUGACGGGGAAGGGAUAGGACCAAGAGCAGACGUGUUGACAUCAGGGAGCAUUACGGGUAGUUUUAGUAUUGUGUGUUCUAAGGGGGCAGGGUAGCGAAUCCUGCAAUCUUAUUGGUUCUUAAAGCAAGAAAGAUUUUCUCUCUGUCCUUGGGAAACGGUAAUGCCUUACUGUAUCGAUUUUUUCCCCUCUGUUUUCUUGAAUAAAUUGGCAGUAGUUUUCUAUGAUCAAACUACGCAGGUUCCUCUCAGUUCAUUGUUACAUAGCAAGGAGAGUCUCUGAGUAACAGUUUUUCAUAUUAGUCUAUCAUAGCAGGGAAAGCCCGAAGGCGAUUCGCUUUUCAGGAAAGAGGGCAUCAAAAGAGAGAAUCAGAAUCCCCCAAAGCAGCUCGGGAAAAAAUGAAAAAAGCAAUGGAAAAUUUGUUCAAAUGUUUUGACUUUAAUUCCUUGAUGUAUGAUUCUUUAGACGUUCUUGCAAUGGAUGAAAGAGUAAAAAGAGGGUACUGCUCCACUUGGAAAGCAGAUCGUAGAGUCAUAUCUCUCUUAUCACUGGCAGAGAUGGCUGGGAUGUCAACUGGAAUCGUCACCACCACGCGUGUAACUCACGCAACUCCCGCGAGUGCAUUCGCGCAUUCUGUGGAUCGCGACUGGGAGAGUGAUUCUGAGAAGGAGGAAACGGCGAAAGAUGAUGCAACUUCGUGCAAAGAUAUUGGUAAGCCCGUCAUGAGCUUGUUGACGAAAGGUGUCUCAGCUGUUUCUUUUUUUUCUUUUUCUCGGAGAUAUCAUCCACUGGAAACGAUCGAAUCAUCUCACGGUUCGAAUCGUUAAGGUGAUUUUAAAUGCAAGUCAAUCCCAGUGAUGUAAUUAGAUGUUCAUAUGUGUGGAUAUUUUCAGUUUCUAACGAUGUUUCGACGAAUGUUCACCCGUAAAAUGUUUUUUAGAUACGCAGAAACUGUCGCCGAAGGAAAUUAGGAGCUGGUCGUUAUUCAUCCCCUGGGUGAGAGGAGUUAGAGGAUCUCGGUUGUGUCACAAUAGAAUUUAUCUGAUCCUCCUCAAAUGCUCUAUAGUAUUCUAAUGAUCCCUCUUGUUGGCAGUCAAUCUUCUAUAGUUCCCCCCUUUUAUUCAGCAACGACUGAUUCUUCCAACCCCCCUCCCCCCCUCCCCACUCCCUGCGCUGGUGAUAAAUAAUAACAGGCUAAAUUAUAUCAUAAGCUCUUCAGCUCAUUGAAUACGCUUAUGGAGAUGGAAUAGAAGUUAUCUUUGGUGGUGGACGCAGAGAGUUCAUGCAUAAAAAUCAAACAGACCCUGAGUACCCGGACAAAAAAGGAAGAAGACACGAUGGCAGAGAUCUGAUACAGGAAUGGGUGAAGAAGCAUCCUAACUCGCAGUACGUGUGGAACCAAACAGGUUUUGACAAUAUUGACGUGAACAAAGUUAAGCACGUGAUAGGUAAGUGAAUACCAAUUGCCUGACUCUUCAGCAUAAAUCAUUUCAAUCCUCUCACCGUUCAGAGCCACUAUUGAAGUCCACCAAGGAUGAUUUUGGCGGAUAAUUCAGAUGUGUCAGUCUAUUAUUGUGUUCGAAAUGUAAACGAUUAAACAGAAAAAAACUGUAUUAGGGGAAGGUUUAGUAAUAUACCGUUUUUGGAAACGGGUAGGUUUAAAACUCGACGUUGUAUAGUUACGGUAUAGUCCAAGCGACAGAAAAACACUCCAAAAAGAGAAAUAUAACGAGGAGACAAUGAGAACUGAAAGAAAGAAUGAUGAAAAAAAUAAGUAAAAAAAAAACGAAAAAAGGAGAGGAAAACCACAGAACUAUCUAAAGCGUACAAAACGCAAUUGGCCAUUAAUUACGGAUUUGUAUGAAAAGAGGAAGAAAUAACAAUACUAAUAAUAAUGAUACCAAUAAUGGAUCAAUAUCAGUAUCUGAGCAACUGCCCACGUACCCCUCCCCUAAACCAACAUUAACCUUAACUUGUUGUCAAUUGACUUUUGUUGAGUUAGGGGAGGGGUAGGUGGACAGUUGCCCAGAUACUGAUAUUGAUCCAUAAUAAUUAUGAUAAUAAUCUUUUACGAUAGUAAUCUUACUUUACCUCUUAUUGAUUGAGAGGUCGCUAGUUUAUUUCAGAAUUCGUGUAGAGAGAACUAAAGGAAACGCCCUGCAAUCACGGAUUGCUUUCGAUACUCUAAGGAAGUUGCCUCUUAUUUAUGACACUCGUUUUUCUCUAAAUCAUUCGUUUUCUUUCUCUUCACAUCUAGGUAAACAAUGAUAUGGUUUGUGUUGGUUCAGAAAGUGUUCAAAAUGGGCUGCUUAGUUUGACCAAAGAAAAGUAGCUUUGCAUAAUUUUUGCAUUUGCGUCAUUGUAGGGCUUUUUGAACGUUCUCACAUGCAAUAUGAAGUUGAUCGAGAGGAAGAUGGCGCUGGCGAACCAUCAAUAGCAGAGAUGACAGAAAAAGCCAUCAAAAUACUGCAGAAAAACUCCAAAGGAUACUUUCUUUUUGUCGAAGGUAGUUUACAGCUUAAAUGGUCUCUCCUUUAAAAUUUCCAUGCUCAUCCACCUAUUUACGGAGAGGAAAUCAUAGCUUUCGUACUCCAAAUGAACCCACGUAAUUAUAAAAAAUCAAGAGAGGAUAAGUAUAUCCUCUUUGUAAAAAGCAAAUUUAAUACGCAUUGGCGACAGAUUACCGACAAAUCAUUGUUACUGUUGCCUCUGGGGUACGCUUGAUUUUUCUGUCAAAUCAAUGUACACCCUUUGCUUUUUUGCAAAAGGAGAAAUAUUAUCUGAACAAAGCUGUGCAUUCGAAUUUUUCAGGGUCACAAAAGAGUGUUACAUGUCGGGCAUUUUUUCAGAUUCACGGAAGUUGCAUUCGCAGAAUAAAUCCUUUUGAUGUAUGUUUUAAAACCCUUUACACUCGAGCAUCAGAAUACAGAAUGCAAGCCUUGCCACACUGUUCUCUAAACAUUUACUAUGUUACGAGGAGAAUUUGACUAAAAAUCGGGAGUUUCUUCAAUUGCCCAUCAUUUCCUUCAUUCUCAUGAUCUUUAUGUUUGAUUCAGGGAUGAUACUGUUAGCAGAAAUUAAACUCUGAUCAGUCGAGGGUGAAAGGGUUAAAUCACCUAAGGUGGCAUUAAACUUCUUUAAUAUGUUUUGGAAUGAUGACCGCAAAACAGUCAGGGUAUCUUUGAUGUCUAUAUAGGAGGACGGAUUGAUCAUGGACACCACGCGAAUUGGGCGGUUAAGGCUAUUAAUGAUGGCGUAGCCUUGGAUAAGGCGGUCAUCAAAGCAAAGGGACUGAUAAAUAAAGGUAAACAUUUUUUCGCGUUCCUUAGUUAUCAAAUUUAUCUUCCCUUUCGAUGAAUGCAUUAUAUGUAUUGAUGCACCGCACUGAAUUACAAAAGGCGUAACUGCUUGACGUAUUGAGAUUUUCAGAAACUUAUAAUUGUUUUUUCUGAAAAUCUGUUAACUGCAAAAUUUCUUUAAAGAGGAAACGCUGAUAACAGUUACCGCUGACCACUCUCACGUCUUCACCAUCGGUGCGUAUCCCCAGCGCGGGAACCCGAUGUUUACCUUAGUAAAUGAAACAGGCGGACACUUGGCGGUUGGAUCCGAUAACAAGACUUACACUUCACUCGGCUACACAAACGGCCCAGGAGGUUUAACUGGGGCUCGUCCAGACCUCAGAGGCGUCGACACCACGGAUAAAGUAUAUCGCACCCAAGCUACUGUUCGUAAGAGUUCUGAGACUCACGGAGUUGAAGAUGUUGGUAAGUGUCACAGCAAUUGAGGGGAAAAAGAUCUUCAUUUCGUGUUAUCCUCAUAGCAUACGAUGAAUACCUACCUCCACAGAUCAGUUAUCUUGUGCAUGCGAGUUGUUAUCCACGUUAAUAAUUUGGCUUAAGUUUUCGUUUCAUUUUUUUUUUUACAUGAGGUGUCUUUAUGAACAGCAGAGCAACCAAGAUAGAACAUACAUACAUACAUACAUACAUCAAGAAGAACCAAGUAUUAUGUUCGAUAAAUAUUCCAUCCUUAGUUUCCUAUCGCCUGGCCGACGCAAAAGUGGAAGCGAAUUAAAAUUCUUCUCAGUAAACCUUGAGGAGUUAGAUAAACCUUCCUCUUUAAAACGUUCUUGAGAAAGAACAGCUAUAUUUAGAAAUAAUUACUCUUACUUACUUUGGACAAGCUGGUUCAAAAGCAGUUUACAUGCCUCUACUAGAAAUUCUUUCGUCCCUGGCUUUAGAACCAUGAAUUCUAUCAAUCAAAACUUACAUAUCAUCUUGAAUGAUGACUGAUUUACAACUGAAUCGUUGUAAAUUAACUCUUCAACAGCCUGUGAAGAGUUUUACUAAAGUGACGGGAAAUAAAAUUAAUUGACUGGAGAUCUGCUUUUAGGUGUAGCUAAAUCUGUAUACCAUGUUAUCAUUUCAGGGGUAUACGCAGACGGACCUGGUGCAUACUUGUUUCAUGGCGUAUUUGAACAGCCGUACGUGUUCCACGUGAUGGAUCACGCUUUAUGUCUGAGUAACAGCAAACAGGAAUCAUGUGCAAAGCACGUGGCGCGGGGAGGAAAAGCACCAGUCACAACAAGCAAACCGUCGGUUAAAAGUGGAGGGUACUCUUUUUGUGUCUCUUCAUUUAAUUCGCUGAUCAUUUUGGCUUCUUGGAUCAUUCUGUUGUUCUGAAGAUACUUAAGAUGAAAAACGACAUCAAGAAAACACUGCUGCACAAUAAAAAGUACAGAACUUCGCGUGCAUUGGUCUCCAGUUGAAAAGUUAGAUUUUUACGAUUGCUUUGUAGGAGAGACCGGUUUUGUUUAAGCUUCAGUCAUUCUCAUGUAACAGUCACAUUUGACUGAAAUAGAUGUAUGUUUACAGAGUGACACCGCUGUGCCUUAGUCAAAAUGUAUAGCAUAUGAUGUAAAAAAUAAAAAGUAUAUAACUUAAGUGAAAUUAUGUUGUUUUUUGUGUGCAGUGGUUGAUGGAAGCUUUACCCCAUCAAAUCCAGUUCUUAUAACCAAUCAGAAGACUGAAUUCUGUUUGGACUUUUCUGUCGUUUCGCACGGACCGGAGGGACUCACGAUAGUUUCUAUGUUUAGCUUCUAAACGAGGGAAUUUUUUUUUGUUAUUUUGUUAGAAAUCUGGCUAGAAUUAUGUAACAAG